AUGGCUCUUACAACGCCGCCCCGCGGUGUUGGCCCGGGGGACUAUCUACUAGUUGUUCAUGAUUUCGAUGCACGAGGAGCCGAUGAGCUUACACUGCGACGUGGAGACAAAAUUGAAUUGGUGGAAUUGGAUGAUGGAUUUGGUGAUGGAUGGUAUCUUGGGAAAGAUGUGAAGACGGAGACAACAGGGCUCUUCCCGGGAGUCUACACUACUGCGACCCCGAAAAUCCCAGUUCGAAAAACAACCGAUGUUCCCUUCGAGUCGGGCGAUUCGCUUUCGCACAGCAACGAUGAGAGUGACCACGAAAGUGCGACAGCCGAGGCGCGUCCUCCGAUCACAUCACCUAAAAGCGGAGAAACCACCCCUCAAGCCUCACGACAUGUUAGCGCUUCUGAUAUUAAUGUCCCGGAAAUGGAGUCGAAUCCCGCAUUUCCUUCGCCCAAAAGGUCGAGCUCCUCCCCGCUCCCCGCUACUACACUGGACAUUCAGCAUUCACUCCGACAGUCCAUUGACAGCCACUUGAAUGGCCAAGAUAGCCCAGUCAUGAACGAAACCCUGAGCGUUAUCGACGAGCAUAUCACUGACCUGAGCACUCCACGUCACAGUGUUGCCCCUCAGGAAUCCAAAGCCGGAAACGAUUCCGCUAGCGAGUACAGCACCCAUCUUGGUCACCGUAUGUCCUACAUCAAUGGACACGAAACAGAUGAGGAGGAGGAAAACCAGCCUACAGAAGAAGAAGUGCGUAAAUGGAAUCACACCGAAACCGCAAAGCAUUGUCGGGAGCUAGCCAUCGAGUCGAAGCAUUGCGACAUCUUCGAAGAACAGGAGAUUACUGGAGAUGUGCUGCUGGACAUGGAUCAGGACUUCCUCUUUAUGAAGGAGUUCGAUUUUGGUGUCAUGGGACGACGGCUUAAAACCUGGCACAAAAUCAAAGCGUUUCAGGAAGAGAUAAAGGGAUUGAAAGACUCACCUCGAGGCUCCACUGGUUUAUCUGGUCCUGAAGAGCGAUCAUUCAGCCGCGCCGGUCAAAACAGUGCCUUCCUUCCUCGCAUCCUAGGGUUUUCUGACAAGUCUGCAAGCUUUCACCAGGCGCGAAGCUCGGGCCCCGUUCAGCAUCCGAGGCUUGUCAGUAGCAACAUGCAGAGCACGACCAGCUCUCCUAUAGGCUCGCACAAUUCAUACGCCAUGGGCACUGCUAGAAGGCCUUCCGCCGCCUCCAUUCGGGAUAUCAACCAUUCCCGCCGCCAUUCAUCCAUGGACGGCACCAAUCGACUGUCAGGCGUGUCCGACUCUUCGUAUCCCUAUCACCAGAGGAAGCCAUCAUUCGAUCGAGGUUGGACAAUGGCAAGCAGCACUCAACCAUCUCGUCCAGGAAUUUCUCUUGGGACCCCUACCGAGACACUCCUCCCCCAACACGUAUUCCGCGGUGCCGAUGGGUCUGAUUCUGCUAUUUCUGUGACCGACCGUUACGAUGACUUGGACCGAGGGUACUUUUCUGGGCCAGAGGGCGAUACGCGGAAAAACAGACGGGUGUUGCAGAAGCGUAGCUCAGAUAUGGGAAGCCUUACUCAUUCUCAGAAAUCGAGUUACACCGAUGAGCAUUUCUCGCUCGGUCUUAGCAAGCGGCAUUCUCGGAUUGCUAGCAUUGAUUCCAUCCGAGACGCUGCUGACCGCGCUUCACACGGAUCCAAGGCGUUUGCACCCCCACCACCAACCAAAGGCCGUUUAAGGAGUCUCAGCACACGCAUCACCGACCGAUCUGCUCAACGUUCACAAUCGUCUACCCCGUCAGGGAGCAAGUCUACCCCUACCUCUGGCUUCUUUUCGUCUUUUACGCCAUUUGGAAAAUCAGAGAAGGCAGACAAAGGAGAGCCUGAAUCCCCAGGCCGCUCUACUCCCAUGCCACAGCAGGCUAAGAACGCAAAAACUAAGUUCCGUCGUGGGGUUGGCCUCCGUGCAAUGUCUGAUGUUAUAGGUAAGGGGGUUGACACAUCCGUUCCUCCUGUGUCGCCAAUUAAGGAAACCGAUCCCUCGUCAGCUAGGACCGGGUCGACUACACCCUCAGCAACUUCCAAGAGCUCCGAACGUCAUAGCACAGAUGGUUCCGCAAAGGCUGCAGAGGGGGGAAUUUCCUUCCCACGUCCUAGAGCGUCUGUCAAGGCUGGUGUUGUUAAAUCCAAGAAGGAUACCAGCGCUUACACUCAAGGCCUGGAGAAGAAAUCCCCACAAGAACAGAUCGACGGCUGUGAUUUCUCUGGAUGGAUGAAGAAGAGAUCUUCAAACUUGAUGACGACCUGGAAGCCUCGUCUAUUUGUAUUACGCGGUCGUCGUCUCUCCUAUUACUAUUCGGAAACUGACACCGAGGAGAGGGGUCUAAUUGACAUUACCGCGCAUCGUGUGCUUCGGGCUGACAAUGAUCCUAUCGUCACUUUGCAUGCGACAAUAACCGGUGCCACGGCCUCGCCGACUUCUCCUGCUAACCCGCAGCAGCCUGAGCCCUCGUCUGCUAAAAACUCAUCAGAAAGCGUUCGCGCUCCUAAGAAAGAAGCUGAAGGGCCCUUCUUCUUCAAGCUUGUGCCUCCCAAAACUACCCGCACGGUUCAAUUCACAAAGCCCGCGAUCCAUUACUUCCAGGUCGACAACGUCAAGCAAGGUCGUUUGUGGAUGGCAGCUUUGAUGAAGGCAACCAUUGACCGUGACAUGGACGUCCCGGUCGAGACUUCCAACAAGCAAAAGACGAUUAGUCUCAAGCAAGCGCGGUUAAUGAACCAGCGGCCGCCUGCCCUGAUGACGACUCCAACGACACAGGAGGACCAAGAGGAAGAAGCGGCUGCUGAGGAAGAGGACAAGAGAGCUAGUGCUGCAUCGGCAACAGAUGAAGCCCAAGAUGGCUUGAUGAUCAAGGGCGUUGGCCUUGAUGGAGAAACUGCUGCUGGUGAUGGUGUCUCCGAGGAAAUGCCGUCUAACCCACUGGGUGGUCUUGACACUGGCCCCUCAUCUUUGCUCCCCGAAGCUCUUGCCGAAUCAAAGUAA